GCUCGUCGUUUCCGGGCGCGCCUCGCGGAAGCGGGCGAGAAGCGGCGCCGGCUCCAUGUGGCGCCGGCUGCGCUCCGCCCUCAGGAGGCUCGGCGGCUCGCCCGCCGCCCUCCCCGCCGAAGGCGCCCGCCCGCCCGCCGGCCGCGGCGCCAUGGAGCGGGCCGUGGUGCGCUGCGUGCCCUCCGAGGCCAAGCUGAGCCUGCGGUUCGUGCUGCCCGACGGCAGCGCCCGGCACAUGCAGCGGGACCAAGCGGAGCCGCUGGGCCGGGCGCUGGCCCGCAUCGCCGCCAACGCCGCCAAGGGCCGCACCAAGGCGGCAAAGAAGAACAAGAAGGCGCGGGCGGAGGGCGGCCCGGCGGCGGAGGGCGGCCCGGAGGCGGCGGCGGUGCCGGCCGUGCGGCUGUUCUCCCGCGACGGGGAGGCGGUGGCCGAGGAGGUGCCGAACGCGGCGGCCUGGCAGGACGGCGCCGUGCUGCAGAUCGGGGAGGCGCAGUACCGCGUGGAGCGCAACCCGCCGGCGCUCACCGAGCUGCAGCUGCCGCGCUCGCUGCUGGCCGGCUUCCCCGUCUGCCCCAAGCUGAGCGCCGAGUUCGCCGCGCCGCAGCACUGCCUGUUCCGCUGGUACCGCGAGCAGCGCCCGGCGCCUGGCGGGGAGGCGGCGGCGGGCGGCGGCGGCGGCGGCCCGGCCUGGGUGGAGGCGGCGGUGGGCGAGCGCGUCUUCACGCCCCCCAACGCGCUGGUGGGGCUGCGGCUGAAGCUGAGCUGCACGCCCGGGGACGCGGCGCAGCGCUACGGGCCGCCCCGCGAGGUGGAGAGCAGCGGCCCCGUGGAGGCCGGGCCCGGCGCCUGCACCUUCGACGCGCGGCACCUGUACACCGGGCGGGUGUGCGGCGGGGGCGCGCUGCGCGCCGUCUCCUACAACGUGCUGGCCGACGUGUACGCGCAGACAGAGUUCUCCCGCACCGUGCUGUACCCCUACUGCGCGCCCUACGCCCUGGAGCUCGACUACCGGCAGAACCUGCUCAAGAAGGAGCUGGCGGGCUACAGCGCCGACCUGAUCUGCCUGCAGGAAGUGGACAAGUCCGUCUUCGUGGACAGCUUGGCCCCAGCCCUGGAUGCUUUCGGGCUCGAGGGGCUGUUCAAGAUUAAGGAGAAGCAGCACGAAGGUCUGGCCACUUUCUACCGCAGGGACAAGUUCAGCCUGCUCAGCCGGCACGACGUCGCGUUCAGCGAGGCCCUGCUCACCGACCCCCAGCACAAGGAGCUGUGCGACAAGCUGGCCCGGUACCCCGCGGUGCAGGAGAAGGUGCUGCAGAGGUCGUCGGUGCUGCAGGUUUCAGUUCUUCAGUCUACAACCGAUCCUUCCAGGAAGAUUUGUGCAGCUAAUACCCACCUAUACUGGCACCCGAAAGGUGGAAACAUCCGUCUCAUCCAAAUUGCUGUAGCCUUGUCUCACAUCAAGCACGUAGCAUGUGACUUGUAUCCUGGUAUACCAGUCAUAUUCUGUGGAGAUUUUAAUAGUACACCAUCGUCUGGAACGUACAGUUUUAUUAGCAGCGGCAGCAUUGCGGAAGAUCAUGAAGACUGGGUCUCAAAUGGUGAAGAAGAAAGGUGCAAUAUGGCUCUCAGCCAUCCUUUCAAACUGCUAAGUGCUUGUGGAGAACCUGCUUAUACAAACUAUGUUGGUGGGUUUCAUGGGUGUCUGGACUACAUUUUCAUUGACAAAAAUGCUCUAGAGGUUGAACAGGUCAUUCCGAUGCCAAGUCAUGAAGAAGUAACAACCCAUCAGGCUUUGCCAAGUGUUUCACAUCCUUCCGAUCAUAUAGCAUUAGUAUGUGACUUAAAGUGGAAAUAGAUCAGCUCUUGCAUGGUGCUUCUGGGGGUUUUCAAACCAGAAGUUUCAUUUUCUGCUGGGGAACUGAGGUUACACCCUGGCUUGUCUGCUACUAAAAGGAAAUCAGAAUGAUUACUGAAAAGUUCAUGUGUGUAAUGGUUCUGCUGAAUACUAUCACAGUGUUCAGAAUAUUUGCAUGAGAACUUUUUCAUUCCCUUUUUAUAUGCUUACAGGAAAAAUCUAAGACGGGGUUUUGAAAAUUGGAUUAUCAUAUACCUUUUUAUUGGUGUUUUUAAAGGAUUAAGAAUAUUUUGUCUAAAAAAUAUGAAUUUAAUCUGAUUUAUAAGACAGUAUACAAACUGAACCCUGCCUAAUUCAGAACCAAACAUAGAACCUGAAAACAAAUGGAUUUAAUUGAUUCAGCCUCAUUGUAAUUACUGUCACAGGACAGUUUUUUUAAAAAUAAGUUUGCAAAUUGUCUUGCUCACCAUUACUGUGUUCCAAUUUUUUAGUAACUAGCAUGAACAACAUACUUGGACCUACCACCUUCUGAAAAGAUAUUCCUUGAGUAUCAGCGGAUAGCUCUUCUGUCAACAAUCAAGCAGGUUAAAAUCAAAGUUAUAAUUGAUUUGGAAGCAUUUUGCUUGCCCACUCAGUAUGUGUAAUGAGGGUAACUGCAGCACCGGCUAAAACUGGACUACAUAUUUAGGUAGCAUUUACUUUGAACAUCUGCUCCUCCUGUUCAUGAUCAUUGGCAAUAAAUACUGAAGUUUAGGACAGCCAGCUCUGGAUGGGAGGGAGCUGGGGAGCUUUUUAACAAUGUGUUUUCAGGUGAGGGGGAGUUACAGAAUAGUUAAUGUUGUGCAUUAGCUAUCUGUGCCUAAAUCAGAAAAAAGCCCACAAGUGACUUGCAAACCUUUAACAUAAUUGUUCUAUUUUGUUCCUCUAUUGCAUACAACGACCACCUGCAUCUUUAAUGGUGUUCUACCUGAAUUUUUUCCUUUAGAAAUAUAGUCUUCCCUGUUUUGUAGGAGAUGAUUUGGAUGUGGGGAAAUGUAUUUUAUCUGUACCUUCAUUGACUGCAUUGGAGGGGUUUGAAUCACUUAACAAGCUUUUCUCCCUGCAUCAUUAGUGCAUAUGAAACAAAUAGCAUUUGAAAACUAUUUCACUUGAUCUCCCUCUUUCACUUAAUAAAGUUCUCUUUUCAAUAGUC